AUGGGUCGUCCACGAAAAAUAGAUAAAACAAAAAAACCAAGUGCUGACCCAAAUAUUGAAAACAAUACGAAUGAUGGAACACAAAAUGAUAAUAAUACGUCUAACGCAGGUCAGAAUAAUUCGAAUGAAAAUCAUAGAGAAAUUGCUCGUACUAAUGAUGACUCAAUUCAUUUAGAUAGUACAGAAACCACAUCAGAGCCAACCAAUUCAGUUUCCUCAAAUUUAAAUUUCGUACCAGUUCCUUUUGGUACUUUUAACCCUGCAAUGUCGCGAAAUUUAUCUGGAAAUAUGAUUAAAGUUGUUGAAAAAAUUUUGAAGAAAGAAAAUGAAGAUGAACUCGAUUCAAAAAACUUGACUUGGGAUCAGCAAGUGGGAGAAUUGCUGACCCCAAGGACGAAGGACCUCCACAAAGACGAAUCAAUCUCCAAUUUAGAGAAAGAGAAAGAAAGGGAGAAGUUCCCUCAAUAG